AUGACCCACGUAAUCACCACCUCUCCAGUGUCAAAGACCAAAGGUCAGAAGCAUAAUCCACUUCAGCAUGCCUCCUGUUCAACGCAACCACACUUUCCUCUCCCAACCCUCCGAUGACCUCAACUCCGCCCCCUCCAUCGACUUCGACGCCAUCAUGGCCCAGCUGGCCCAAGCCUCCGCCGACCGCAAAAAGAAGAAGCAGUCCGAAAUACAAGCAUCCUUCACCAAAAACUUGAGUACUAUUGAGGCGAAACUGCACGGAGUCAUCGAAGCGCAUCAUGCGAAGGUUAGUAAGCGUUAUGAACAGAGUUGUGCGGAGAGGGCGGAGUUGGUGAGGAAGAAGACGGAAGUUGAGGAGACGAUGGCGGAAGCGAUACUGAAAUUGCAGGGGGAAGUUACGAAGUUCGAGAAGGCCAUGCUCGCCAAGAGUACGGAGCAAGUUCAGAGCAAGAGUAAGAAGGGCAGAAAGUGAUACCGCGGUAUAAGAGAUAUUGUACGGAGAUAUAUGCGUCAAACACUAUUCGCGGCGGUGAUACAGGCAGGCG